CAUAUAUAGGAAGGGAAAGAGAGAAAGAGAGGGAAAAAAACAUCUAAAUUUCUUCAUAUAUAGGAAGGAAAAGAGAAGAAAAAACUACUCGAUUUCUCUCUAUCUCUCCCCUUUGUCAUGUUGUGCUGUUGGGUGGGUGGCUUCUGUAUGUAUUCCCCCAUAAAAAAUGUGGCCCUAUCGUGGCUAUACCAGCUCCAAAGGUGUCAGAAAGGAGGAAGAAGAAAAGGUAUAAGAGGGAGGGAGGAACACCAAUCAUAAGGGAGAAAAAGGAGAGAGCAAAAAUUAAAAUUGGAGAAUGAAUGGUGUAAUAAAUCCUGAAGCAGAUGAUUACUCUGAGUUUGUGGAAGUUGAUCCCACUGGAAGAUAUGGCAGAUACAAUGAAAUACUUGGAAAGGGAGCUUCAAAGACAGUUUACAGAGCAUUCGAUGAGUAUGAAGGCAUUGAAGUUGCUUGGAACCAGGUCAAGCUUUAUGAUUUCCUGCAAAGCCCUGAAGAUCUUGAGAGGCUCUACUGUGAAAUUCAUCUCCUUAAAACAAUGAAACACAAUAACAUUAUGAAGUUCUAUACUUCUUGGGUUGAUACUGCUAAUAGGAACAUCAAUUUUGUCACUGAGAUGUUCACUUCUGGGACUCUCAGGCAGUAUAGGCAAAAGCACAAGAGAGUUAACAUUAGAGCAGUGAAGCAUUGGUGCAGACAGAUCUUGAGAGGGCUUCUCUACCUCCAUAGCCAUGACCCACCUGUGAUUCACAGAGAUCUCAAGUGUGACAAUAUUUUUGUAAAUGGCAACCAAGGAGAAGUUAAGAUUGGUGAUCUAGGGCUUGCUGCAAUUCUCCGAAAAUCACAUGCUGCUCACUGUGUUGGGACACCUGAGUUCAUGGCACCAGAAGUGUAUGAAGAGGAGUACAAUGAAUUAGUGGACAUUUACUCUUUUGGUAUGUGCAUCUUGGAAAUGGUCACUUUUGAAUAUCCAUAUAGUGAAUGUACUCAUCCUGCUCAGAUCUACAAAAAGGUUAUCUCGGGGAAAAAACCAGAUGCUUUAUAUAAAGUGAAGGAUCCGGAAGUGCGAGAAUUUGUUGAGAAAUGCUUGGCUUCUGUGUCUCUGAGGCUCUCCGCUAGAGAGCUUUUGCAGGAUCCUUUUCUCCGAAUAGAUGAUUGUGAAUCCGACUUGAGACCAAUAGAGUGCAGGAGAGAACCUGAUGAUAUGGUUCCUCUCUUAAGACAACCUUUUCUUGAAUACCAUCAUAGUAACAACUCUUUCAGUAAUGGAUACUCCAAUGCUGUCGAUUUUGACGCCCAUAAUGGAUGGGGGUAUCAACCACUUGAGAUGGAACCAACUGGGAUUGAGCUUUUUGAGUACCAUGAAGACGAGCAUCCUGCAAAUGUGGACAUAAGCAUCAAAGGGAAGAGGCGGGAAGAUGAUGGCAUCUUUCUAAGACUCAGGAUUGCAGAUAAAGAAGACCACAUUCGUAACAUCUAUUUCCCAUUCGACAUUGAGAUGGAUACAGCAUUGAGCGUUGCAACUGAAAUGGUUGCUGAACUGGAUAUUACAGACCAAGACGUGACUAAAAUAGCAGAUAUGAUUGAUGGGGAGAUAGCAUCCUUGGUCCCUGAAUGGAAGCCAGGGCCAGGAAUAGAAGAAACUCCCUGCUUUGCAACCUUAAACUUGUGUCACAAUUGUGUUUCCAACCAUACAUCUAAUGGUUCCCUCAUGGAUAUUCUAGCUAACAAUCCAGGCGCCAAGAACUUGCAAAUAUUCCAGUGUUCAAAUGGAUGUGCAGCAAUGCAUGGCCGGUUUGAGGAAAUCACUUACCAAGUUGAUGGGGCUGACCAUCACAUACCAGAGGGUCAAUCAGAAGAAUUGCAUUGUACAGAAAUUUGGGAUAAGCAUGAAAGUCGCGAACUUAGCUCGGUAAGCUCUGGAGAGAGCCCUUCUGAUGAAGAAUACGAAAAAAUAAACCAUUCAAUCAUUAAGGAUGAAAGAGGAUCAGGAACUGGAAAUGUUGUUGCGUCCAAUGUGAAAAAUUCUAUCAGUCAUUUACGUAAUCCUAGCUCUUCCUCGGCAAUUCCUUCAAUGUCUUGUGCCCUCUCAGAUGAUUAUGAGAACGAAAUUCAGCAGGUAUUGAGGUGGCUGAAAGCUAAGCAUCAAAUGGAAAUGAGAGGACUUAGAGAUCUACAGUUAGGAUUUGCAUCAAAGCCUUCAAGUUUGGAUAACAGACAACUCAAACCUGACAAUGAGGGUCUUUUCUCAACACUCUCAAACACAUCACAAGGACACAACAAUGGGCUAUUCCUGAAAUCUUCUGCCUAUGACAAGCAUUUUACUUCUAAUUGUGCUACUCAAGUCAACAAGUGCAGCCCCGAUUUGGUAACCCACGGGGCCCGAAAUUGUGAGGCGAACAAGGGGUCCCGAAGUGCAGAGGACAUGGUCCAUGUGGUUACUGCCAAGAGUUUCUACACUGCAGGCUCAUUGCUUCCGUGCCCAAUUCAUAGGACAAUGUCCCUACCAGUUGAUGCUGUUGAUAUAUAAAUCUGUAAGGCACCUUUUCAUUCUUUUACAAAAUUUCAUACUCAGAGGUUGUAUAAUUAUCAAUCUUCACCCCCCUUUUUGGCUCUAUUCAAUAUCAAAUCCUCCUUCCUGA